AUGGUUGAUAAAUCAGAGAGUACAAGUAAUGGUGGUGCUCCAAAUGCGUCGCUGAGUACUCCGCCGGCUAAUGCUAAUGCUGUUCCUGCUGCUCCUGCUGUUCCUGCUGCUCCUGCUGCUCCUGCUGCUGCUACUUCGGAUUCCAUGACAAAUACCAAGCAAACAUUGCCACCAACACCUGCUAAGGUGUCUUUAGGUUCGACGGUACAUGCACCGUCUUUUUCCUUUAAUAGUAAUAAAAACCAAGCAUCGCAUGAUCUACUCGAAAGCGAUAUGAAGAUCAAAACCAUCCUCAAUAGUGAUUCCGCUCUUGAAGUCCUCCUGGAAAGAUUGAAACAGAGCUUAUCCACGGGAGAGGAGUUUAGCAAAUUCAUCAAGAGAAAAGCUCAAAUUGAGGAUGACCACUACAAUCAGUUGAAAAAGUUGGCCAAUAAUACUCGAACAAGUAUGAAGCAUAAUACCAGAAAUUUGAAGAAGGAUUCAUUACUGUUUCAAAUGGAGAAAAUCAUUGAGUUUGACGAAUCUUUGUUUGGCGUGGGAUCUAGUUUCGUAGCAGCGAUGAACACAAUGUACGACGAACUAACAUCCUUGAUCGCCACAAUAGCAAGAUCGAGAAAGACAAUCAAAGACGAGUAUAGGAGGAAAGAUAGAGACUGUAUCGAGUCGAUAGGAGCUGCCGAUAAAGCCAAAACUAGGUACAACCAUUUGUGUGAAGAUUUGGAAAAACUAAAGGCUUCAGAUCCGUCCAAGAAAUCUUUUAGCUUAAAAAACAAAACAAUUGAACAACAAGAGGAUGACUUGCAAAAGAAAGUUGAUCUUGCAGACCUGGAGUACAAAGCAAAAGUAGCAACAUGCAAGAAAUUAAAAGACGAAAUUUUAAUCAUACAUCGUCCCAACAAUGCGAAAAAGUUGAAAAAUUUGAUUUUAGAAAUGGAUAUUGCAUUAAAUGUUCAGCUUCAAAAAUACGCUACGUGGAAUGAAAAUUUAAUAAUGAAUUCAGGUGUAUUGAUUAGUCCCUUACAGUCGUCAAAACCAUCAAUGAGAUCAAUGGCAAGCUCUGUCGAUAAUGAAAAGGAUUUGUAUGAAUAUCUCAUAAAGCAUGGAAAUCAAAGUUCAAACAAGUCUCUUGUACCAGUAGAGUAUCACAUCCACCCUUCGUUAAUAAAAGCUAAGGAUAUUGGUAAACCAUUUUUGAGCAACAACAACAAUAACAACUACAACAACAACAAUAAUAAUAAUAACAACAACAACAACAAUAAUAAUAACUAUAAUAAUAAUAGCAGCAGCAGCAACAACAACAACAACAACAAUAUUAGUAAUACAAAUUCUGGUAGAAUAGUCAAUACCACCAGUAAUAUCAAGGCAGCACUUCCCAACAAACAAUGGAGCCACAUCAGGACAAAGUCCUCUGCUACCACUACUCCUAACUCUUUGUCAGCCCCAUACUCGGGCAAUUUAAUGCCAAAGACAACUCCGCAAACCGAAGGUGCUACAGCCGACAAUGAAAACUCAUUGACUACGUCUACAUCACCCGCUUCAAACCCAGCUCAACAAAGUUACCUGUCGCUAGACCCUGCAAGUCAACCUUCAACGCCAAACUUGAAUGGGCCCAAACCUUUUAACUCAAUCGUAACUUACAAGCAACCAACGUUUGGGGUUUCCAUAGAAGAAGUGAUUACAUUUGCAGGAAUAGACAAUGUGCCGUUGUUAGUUAGGAGAUGUAUCGAAAUAAUUGAAACCUAUGGCAUUGACUUGGUUGGCAUAUACCGUACCAGUUCCAAUGUUAGUCAAGUAACAAAAUUGCGCGAGUUGAUAGACUCAAACUUUACAAAUUAUUUACAACUUGGGAAGAACAUUGAUCCAGACAAUGUUUUGGAUGCAGAUAUAUUCUGCAUUGCUUCAUUGCUAAAGCAUUACUUUGCAAAUUUGCCAGAACCAUUAGUGACAAAUGCCGAAUUGCAAUCUUUUCUUGAAACAAUCAAGUUGACCGAUGAACAUUUGGCGGCUGAGAAAUUGCACCAUUUGGUUUACAACUUGCCUGACGGUUCAUAUUUCACCUUGAGAGCAUUGAUAUUCCAUUUGAAUAAGAUUGCAGCUAAUGAAGCACGUAAUAGAAUGAAUGCCAAAUCGUUAGCUAUCAUUUGGGGACCAGUUCUUUUGAGCGAUAACUCCUCCAGUGCGCAGGAAUUGAGUUAUAAAAGCAAAGUAGUUGAGAAAUUGAUGGCUAUAGCUAAUGACAUCUUUGAAUUAGACGAAUAA